AGCAUGUUCCAAAAGCAUCCUCCGGGCGUAGGCGCGCGGCAGGAGCCGAGAUGCAGGACUGCCUGGGCUGCGCGCUCGCGCUGGGCCUCGCGCUCGCCCUCCCGCUGCUGGUGCUCCUGGCCGCGCCUCGCAUCAGGAAGUAUAUUGCAGGAGGCAAAUGUACAUCUACAGCAAAGCUGAAUGGGAAGGUUGUAGUGAUCACAGGCGCCAACACAGGCAUCGGGAAGGAGACUGCCAAAGACCUUGCAGGAAGAGGUGCCAGAGUCAUUCUUGCUUGCAGGGAUAUGGUAAAAGCAGAGGCUGCAGCCAAUGAGAUCCGGACCAAGACAGGGAACCAGCAAGUUAUUGCAAAGAAAUUAGAUUUGGCAGAUACCAAAUCCAUCCGAGAAUUUGCUAAGAAUUUUCUGGAAGAAGAGAAAGAACUUCAUAUCCUCAUUAACAAUGCUGGAGUUUUCUGGGGGCCCUAUUUCAAGACAGUGGAAGGCUUUGAAAUGCAGUUUGCAGUCAAUUACCUUGGGCCCUUUCUUUUAACAUUUCUACUGAUUGAGUGUCUGAAGAAAUCUGCACCAUCUCGAAUAAUCAACAUGUCCUCUUUGGUUCAUUUUAUGGGAAGUAUUCACUUAGAGGACCUCCAAGGCGAGAAGAGCUAUCACCGGGGUCUGGCCUAUUGCCACAGCAAGCUGGCGAGUAUCCUUUUUACUCGGGAGCUGGCCAAAAAACUGCAAGGUACCGGAAUUACAGCCAAUGUUUUGCAUCCAGGUGCUGUUGCCUCUGAUCUGUGCCGUCACUCCACUAUAUUGGUUUUUUUGGGGAAGCUGCUGACCUUUUUUUUGAAGACACCUUGGGAAGGGGCUCAGACCAGUAUCUACUGUGCAGUGGCAGAGGAGCUGGAGUCAGUGAGUGGGAAAUAUUUCAGUGACUGCAAACCAGCCUACGUAUGGCCUCAAGGACGUGAUGAUGAAACAGCAAGGAAGCUCUGGGAUGUCAGCUGUGAACUCUUAGGCAUCCAGUGGGACUGAAUCGUGGAUGGCCUUACCUUUGGCACAGCUGAAGGCCUAAUAUCUCAUGAUCAUUCAAUACAAAGAAAAACAAAAGCGUUUAAGGAUUUAGAGAUUUAGAGUUGUUUCUGUCUGAGUUUGUGCACAAGAUGCUUGUUUCUCACUGAAGAAUAGUGUCUUUUGCAGUUUAAGGCACAAAGUUAAAAAAAAGUGUGUGUCUGGCCUUUCUUAUCCAAUGGGGAUGUGUUCUCUUAGGACAGAACACAGAUAAGUUUGAGUGCAUGAUAUAAGCAGGGACUCUUUUCUCGCAUCUAAAAUUCUGAGAAUGUAUCAUAUUGAGAUACAAACUGUAAAUGGCCUUGGGGAACUUAUCUUGAAAGAUAACUAAGAAAUUGAUGAGUUAGAGUAAACAUUUUCAAAUCCUGUGUUGAUCACUGCAUACGUAUCUGGUUGCACUGUCUUUUUAAAAAGAGCAAAGCAUACUGCUGAAAGUCCCUCAGGUAUUAGUAUCUACACGUGGAGAAAUUCUGUAUGAAAAAUUAGAGUUGUGUAUGGUCUCUCUUUCUCUGUCUGCAAGAACAGCCAUUUGUAUUCAGUUGUUCUGGACAGUACUAUAAUUGUUUCACUGGAAGAAUCAUAUUAUAGCAUAACGAGUGGCUCACAGCAUACAAAAGGUUCCUUGAUCAGCACAAAUGCCUCCAAUCUCUGCAAAACCACCCAUGAUAAAAACAAAGAGUCGAAAAUCAGCCUAUUCCAAGUUACAUGAUGACUCUGUUCUCUUAACUCAUUUUCACUGAUGAUGAGGGUCAUGGACACAUACCAAAAUUUUAAGCAAUCAGUGUAUAACUCUU